AUGCAUCACCAGCCAAGCCUCUCCGCCCUCGCGGUGGCUCUGCUGUCGGCCCUGCCCGCCGCCCACGCGGGCAUGUACACCAAGAGCUCGCCCGUCCUCCAGGUCGACGCAAAGAGCUACGACCGGCUCAUCGCCAAGUCCAAUUACACUUCGGUACGUCUUCUUUCUUCUUCUUCUUCUCCUCUGUCCAGAGACGGGCUUACACGCGCACGCAACGAUUACAUGAGGCCAGCCCUCGCUAACGACAACAAAACUGCGACGCAGAUCGUCGAGUUCUACGCCCCCUGGUGCGGCCACUGCCAGAACCUCAAGCCCGCCUACGAAAAGGCGGCCAAGAACCUCGAUGGCCUCGCCAAGGUCGCCGCCAUGGACUGCGACGACGACGCCAACAAGCCCUUCUGCGGCGGCAUGGGCGUCAAGGGCUUCCCCACGCUCAAGAUCGUCCGCCCGGGCAAGAAGUCGGGCAAGCCCAUCGUCGAGGACUACAACGGGCCCCGGACGGCGACCGGCAUCGUCGAGAGCGUCGUCGACAAGAUCAACAACCACGUCAAGAGGGUCGCGGACAAGGACCUGGACGCCUUCCUGGACGAGGACAAGGAGAAGCCCAAGGCCAUUCUGUUCACGGAGAAGGGCACCACGAGCGCAUUGCUCAAGAGUAUUGCCAUUGAUUUCCUGGGAGCUAUCGAAGUGGCACAGAUACGUAACAAGGAGUCCAAGGCCGUUGAGAAGUUUGCCAUCGACAAGUUCCCGACCCUGGUCCUCGUUCCCGGCGGUGACAAGGAGAACGUGGUCUAUGACGGCGAGAUGAAGAAGGCCGCCAUGGUCAAGUUUCUCUCGCAAGCGGCAUCUCCCAACCCCGACCCUGCGCCCGCGUCCGACAAGAAGAAGGCGGACAAGAAGACCGAGAAGAAGUCGGAGAAGAAGGAGAAGGAAAAGGCCGAGUCCAAGGCCAAGCCCGCGGAGAAUGACGAGGCCACCAAGGCUGACGAGCCCGAGUCUACCGAGACCGUCAAGGCGCCCGUCAUCAUCGAGAACGCCCCGCCUAUCCCGACUAUCCACGCCCCCGAGAAGCUUAUCAAGGAGUGCCUCAACGAGAAAUCGCAUACUUGCGUUCUUGCUUUCGUUCCUGCAACCACCAACGACAAGGCCGAGAACGCCUUGAAUAACCUCGCUGAGCUCGCCUUCAAGCACGCUCAGAGCAAACGUCAUCUCUUUCCCUUCUUUGCUGUUCCCGACUCGAACAGCGGAGCCGCUCCUCUCCUCAAGGCCCUGGACCUGUCCAACGAUGUCGAACUCAUUGCUAUCAACGCUCGCCGAGGGUGGUGGAGACAUUACGAGGGCGGCGACUUCACCCACGAGGGCAUUGAGAGCUGGAUUGAUGCCAUCCGCAUGAGCGAGGGUGUCAAGAAGAAGCUGCCUGAGGGUCUCAUCGCCAUUGCCGUUGAGGAGUCCGCCACUGAAACCACCGCCGAAGCUACCGAGGCCACGCAGGCCACUGAGCCGACACCCGAGACUGAGACCGCCAGCGAGCACGAUGAGCUUUAG